AUGAACGUUUGCAGUUCGCGAUAUUGUUAAUAUAACUUAAGUAUUGGUUAAAUGGUUCCUAUUCCUAAAAACAGGAUUUGUUGUCCAUUUUGCAAAAUAACAUAUUAUUGUUCUCAAAGAUGCAGAGAUAUCGACUGGUAUUAAAAGAAAUGAAAUAUUUAGGACUUCUGGACAUAAGGCUUAAUGUAUACCAGAGAAAAUGAUAAAUUCUUAAGAAAUCUCAAAUAGCGAUAAAGUUUCAACCUUAAGGCAAAUGAAGAGAACACCAGAAGAAUUUGAGUUAAUUUAUGAUUAUCCAUAAUUAGGAAAGGGAAGCUUUGGUGCAGUUAAAUUGGUGAAAGACAAAACCAAUGAAUAAUUGUACGCAAUGAAGAUUGUACAUAUUAAAUUAAAAAAUAUCAGAUAAACAAGAAAGAUAUAUAUGAGUAUUGCUCUAUUGAAAACUUAAAACGAGAGAUAAGAAUUUAACGUAAACUAUAUCAUCCUAACAUCACCUAACUUUAUCAUUAUUUUGAAGAUAAGGAUCGUGUUUAUUUGAUAUUAGAAUAUGCAGAACAUGGAUCUUUGUUUUAAUACUUGAGAAGAAGGGGAAAACUUAGAGAAGAUGAAGCUAUGAAAUUUUUUAAGUAAACUUGUUUAGGAAUUCAAUAUUUACAUCAAUAAGACAUUAUACAUAGAGAUUUAAAAGUAUUGUUAUCAUUAUUAUUAUAAGCCAGAAAAUAUAUUGUUAGAUACUCAAGAUAAUGUCAAAAUAUGUGAUUUUGGUUGGUCAGCUGAAAAUUUAGGAUCAGUUAAAAGAAAUACUUUUUGUGGAACUAUAGAUUAUAUGGCUCCUGAAAUGAUAGAGGAUAAAUCUCAUGAUUACACUCUUGACUUUUGGUGUUUAGGUGUAUUAUUAUAUGAGUUAUUACAUGGACAUGCUCCUUUUGAGGGUAAGAAUGAUAUUGAGAAGUGUUAGAAUAUAGUCAAAGUUCAUUAUAAAAUGGAUGGGUCUUUAACAAAAGAAGCUAAAGACUUAAUUUAGAAUUUGAUUACAUAUAAUUAAUAGGAUAGACUCAGUUUAUCAUUAAUUUUAAAUCAUAAAUGGUUUAAACUUUAUUCAUAAAAUCAUACAAAUCAAAUCAAGCAUGGAAGAACAAAAACGCAUAAUGCUUAUUCAAUCCAUUCCUAACCAUAAUAUCUUAAUAAAUCAACUGCAUCUUCACAAAAUUCAUUUAUUAGACAUCAUAUUACUACUCAUGUAACAUAGAAUGAUACAUCUAUUGAAAUGAAUAUAUAGAGAAUCAGUAGAAACUCUGAUUUGUAAAAAAAACAAAUAAGAUCAUAAACUUAACAAUUAAUAGGAAAUGAAUCUUUUAUGCAGAGAGUUUUAGUGGCUUUAGGUUGUGUUAAAAGAGAAUAACCCUAGAAUAAAAAUUAUUGA